UCCAUAUUGAAGAUAAAAGUAUCUCGAACUUCGAACUCGAAACUUCACACUUGACACAAUGAGUAGUUAGUAGCGCUAGUAUAGCUGUAUGUGAGGGAGGUAUGUUAAGUCCAUGUGAUUCGCUGCCAAAACAUCAGUUUACAGCCUCCGUACUUCAUGUCAGUACGUUCAGUACUUUCCUUCUGUGAUAUUGACGAUAUGGAAGGAGAACAAAUAAUCAGGAGAAACAACUCUAGAAAAAUAAGUCGUAUUAAUAUUAUUGAAGAUGCAGAUAAAGUAUAUCAUCCGAUAAUGCAGAGGGUGUUUAUUGCGUCGUUAUUUAUAUAAAGUACAAAUAUAGAGGAAUCACAUGUAGGGGCAAAUUCACUGAACGCGGUUAGUUCGAUACAGUGAACUUUCACAGAUUAGAAUGCUAUUUUUUAAUGUUUGUUAUAAAAAAACAAUGCUGAAUUUAAGUAUUGUUCCCCAGACUAAAAUAUUUAAGACAAUAUUUUUCUGAUGUAUUGGUUACUGUAAUGUCACAAAAAAUGAAGCUAAAUUACACACAGUUGCCUAUCAAGGCACAUUAUUUCUUCUUUAUGGCAGCUAUGGGACCAAUUCUUCCAUUUUUACCAGUUUAUGGUAAACAACUUGGUAUUUCAGCAUUUAUUAUGGGCAGUAUAACAGCUAUUCUACCAAUCUUGUUCUUAAUUGCUAAACCAACUUUUGGUUUUCUCGUGGAUUAUUUUUAUACCUGGAGAAAAACAAUUUUUAUCGCAUUAUUAGCAGUAACAAGUGGUUGCUAUAUUUGUAUGUACUUCUUACCAGUACUUCCAGGUCCAGUUUUUUCAGACUAUAGUUUUAGUAAUGUAUCUUGUGAUUUGUUACCAUAUUGUAAACUAGAGGAUAUUUCUAAGCCAUAUUUAUGUACUGGAGUAAAGAAUGCUAUAUGCCAUUGGACCUGUAUAGAUAAAAAUUUCUCUGUAUCAAUACAAUUCCAAGCACUUAAUGAAGAAAUAAGCUUUUCCUCAAAUUCAACGUGCUUAAUUGAUAAAAAUAGUACCUUAUAUUGUUCUAAACAUAGCAACUGCAAUGUUAUUUGUCAUAACUUGUAUGAUAGUUAUUGCCUAUAUACAUCUGUUACUUUUUGGGGUUUUGUUUUAUUAAUGUCUCUUGGUAAUAUUGGUUUCAAUGUAUGUAAUUGCAUGAGUGAUGCAAUUUGUUUUGAUAUAUUAGGUGAAGAUGGUCAAAUGGGGUAUGGUAGACAACGUCUUUGGGGAACUAUAGGUUUUGGAAUUUCUGCCUUUUUGGCUGGCUACACAGUAGAUUAUUGGUCUAAAGGAGAAAUUAUUAAAAUAUACACACCUGCGUUCUUACUUGUUUUCAUAUUCACACUCAUUGAUCUAUUCUGUUGUAAAAAAUUAGACCUGCCAGUAAUGACAGGAUCGGCAGAUAUACUGAAAGACAUUAUGAAACUUUUGAGGUUGAAACCUAUAAUUAUAUUUCUCUGUUUUACAACGAUUGCCGGCAUUAUCGAUAGCUUUAUGAUUUAUUUCUUAUUUUGGUAUUUAGAAGACCUCGCUGUGGCAACUAAUUGCGUGAGAGACAUUAAAUUAAUAGAAGGUUUAAUCGUUGCAGCAGAAACUUUGUGCGGCGAAGUAACUUUUUUUUUGCUGUCUGGUAAGAUCCUAAAGAAACUAGGAUUCGGAUAUAGCUUUACAUUGUGUUUCGUAUGCUAUGCUUUACGACUUGGACUGAUUUCUUUGGCAUUGAAUCCGUGGUGGGUAAUACCAAUAGAACUGUUUAUGCAAGGACCUACUUAUGCACUUUGUUACGCGACAAUAGUCGCUUAUGCAAGUAAAGUUGCACCGCCCGGAACAUCAGCUACUGUUCAAGGAAUCGUAGCUGGCAUGGAUGACGGUUUUGGUUUUGCAAUUGGUAGCUUGAUAGGCGGAAUCUUAUACAAAUUAUUUGGAGGUGUAACAACGUUACGGAUAUUUUCAUCAAUUGCCGCUAUAACAGCAUUCUUAUACCUCAUUUUAUACGUAUUAUAUUUAAAAGACAUAAUACCAGAUACAAAGAACAAUGUAGAAUGGAAAACACCAGAGGAAGCUCAAAAGAAAUGUACAGUUGCAGAAAGCUGACUACACAAAAAUUUAAAUCAAAAAUAUUUGAAUAUUUUACUGCAAAUGAAUAUUAUUGUUAAUGAUAUAAUUAUCGUUUUA